UGCCUUCCCCUGCCCUCACCGUGCGUGCGGCGUCGGGCACGUCGCGGUUACGUCACGGCGCAGCGCCACGCCGCCGCCAGCUGACUGCUCAUCCCCGGAAGUGAUGCAGGGAGGGGGAGGCAGUCUCGCAGGGAGCCGCCGAGCAUUCCAUGUGGAACCCAGGCAGCCUGAAAGAGGCUGUGACAGCUAGUGGAAUGAUUCCCUGUGUAGCUGAAACUAUGUUAGUUGACUGCCGCUAAUGGCAGGGUGAAAUGUGUUGAGGAGCAGCUGCGAGGCUGUCUGACAGCGAGGGGACUGCUCGAGAAGCUGGGCUUGCAACAUCAUGGGCCAGUGUGUCACGAAGUGCAAGAAUCCUUCUUCUACCCUCGGCAGCAAAAAUGGGGAAAGGGAAUCCAGCAGCAAGUCGCACAGUAAGAGAAGUGCAGUCCACAAAGAAGACCACGGUUCGGCUUGCGGGAAGUCUUCAGGAGAUAUACUGGUGAAUGGGACAAAGAAAACGGAUGCUGCUGUGGAGUCUAGUCAGCCUCCAACGUUUUCUGGAGAUACAAAGAAAGACUCUGUUUCCAGCGCAGAAGAAUCUUCGCUCCAAAGGAUCGGGGAGUUGUUUAGGAGGUAUAAGGAUGAACGGGAAGAUGCCAUACUGGAAGAAGGAAUGGAACGAUUUUGCAAUGACCUCUGUGUUGAUCCCACUGAAUUUAAAGUGCUAGUUUUGGCUUGGAAAUUCCAGGCUGCUACCAUGUGCAAAUUUACAAGGAAGGAGUUUUUUGAAGGCUGCAAAGCAAUAAACGCAGACAGCAUUGACGGCAUUUGUGCAAGGUUCCCCAGCCUCUUAAAUGAAGCCAAGCAGGAAGAUAAAUUCAAGGAUCUCUAUCGUUUCACCUUCCAGUUCGGCCUGGACUCUGAAGAAGGACAGAGGUCGCUACAUCGGGAAAUAGCCAUUGCCCUUUGGAAAUUAGUCUUCACCCAAAACAAGCCCCCCAUUUUGGACCAGUGGUUACACUUCCUAAUCGAGAACCCCUCAGGAAUCAAGGGAAUCUCCCGGGACACGUGGAACAUGUUUCUAAAUUUUACUCAGGUGAUUGGACCGGACCUUAGCAACUACAGCGAGGACGAGGCCUGGCCGAGUCUCUUCGACACCUUUGUGGAGUGGGAAAUGGAGCGAAGGAAAAAGGAAGAGGAAACCAAAUGUAUUACGUCUCCGGACACAGAGGGCCUGUGUGCGGAGGAACAGACUUAGCGGCAUCGAAGCAGCAGUGACAGAAGGAACCUGUUGCCCUUCAUGAAAUGUAAACUCUGGAUGUUUCUGGAAAUUACCGAGGCUCCAGACUUUUCUACUUUACACCUUUUUCUGCCUUGUCUUUGAAAGGGCUCUAAAAUGCUGUAUCAUGUUUUAGGCACUUUCUUAAUUUUGGUUAUUCCUUUUACUCUUGCCCUGAAAUAUUUGACCCUGGCUACAAGUUAAGCGUUUUGGGGUUUUUUUUAAGACUUCAGAUUAGUAUAAGUAAGUCUGAUAUUUCUUGCACAAUGUAGAUCUUUUUAGUUAGGUUAAAUUAACAUUGCUAAAUUAUACAGUGCCAGAUUAAGUUUUUCAUACUACAUCUGUCAGGGCAGGUCUGUACUGUGUGUAGUGCUGUUUACAUUGUUGAAAUUUUAGGCUGUAAUAAUUUUAAGGUUUUAUACCAAGAUGAACAGCAGUGUUAACUGUUAACUACAAAUGCAUUAAUCCCCCCGGUAAUAAGGCUCUAAAAACCAAUGUAAGCAACAGCUUUUUGUAAUAUGGCUAAUUCCCAUUUUAAAGCUAACUCUUAGCGAAUGAGUCCAGAUCAUUCCUUUUUUUGGAGUUUCAAACUAAAUGUUGGGAUUGUUUUAUAAAAUUACUGUACCUGUCAGUCAACUGAGUGGUAGAUGACGAUUUGUAUCUAAAUCUCUUACACAUCAUGUAAUAAAAGAGCAGUACUACCUCAGUUUUAUUGAAAGUGGACUUCUUGAUGGACUUCCAUUUUCUCUGGAAGUUGUAUUUUUGUGGUUUCAUGAGAAUAUUUUUACUUGACUAAAAGAACCAAAGGUUCUGCUUCUUAAGUUUGCUAAACAUUGACAGAAGCAACACAUAAACCCUAAGUCUUCAAGGAAAACUGUGGUAUAAUUCUGCUUUAAUUUGUUUGAUUUAUACCUAAAGUAUUAUCUUACUUGUCUGGCAAGCACAGUACUUCUAUGUAAGGAACUAUCUUUUGCAUUAAUAUUGACGAACCAAUUUUUUAAAACCUAUGUUUAAUUGCUAAAUUGCAGUUAAUACUCCACACUUUCUGGAGCAACAAUAUCGGCAUCUGAUGACAAAGUGAAUUCUUAAUGUGUUCUUGAUGACAACAGUGUAGAUGAGUCAUUUUUAGACUGAUUUGAUAAUAUUUGGAUAGGAGUCAAUUUAUUAUUUUACAAUGCCUGUAUUGGGACUAUUUGCCUGUUGAAACUGUUGUGACUUAAAGGGAGUUUUAUUAACACUGGUUGAAACUUUUUUGGUUAUUGAUGCUACCUUUUUUAAUUUUAGUAUGUCAACUUUUUUACACCUUUUGGUAAAAGGGAUGAUUGCCAAGGCUUUCUAUAGAGCUAAGUACUGGCUUAAUGAACUUGAUACACUUCCAUUUCACACCUUUUCUUUUCAGAGCUGCAUUUCAGGAUCAUAAAUCGGCUUCAAUUAAAAAACAAACCGAAAGAAAAAAAACCCUGGACAGUUAUCCACAGCAUCUAAUGGGUUUUGUGAUCUAAAGGUUUUAAAGCUAAAGGGAAACAGAGUAUAAGGGGCGAGCUUGUCAGUGGGUGCAGGAUGGCUUGCUUUGCACAUCUGCCAUGCCCCAGAGGGGUCAGCAGGGAGAGGAGGAGGAGGAUCUGCCUGAAUUCUGUCACUGGCUUUGCUGGUGCACAGCCUAUGCAAUAGCUUGGGUCUGAGAUCAUAAAUCACUAACACAAUGUGGGUACUGAAAACUGUUUAAAAACAAACCCACAAGCCACAGAUAGCAUCUCUUUCAUCUAAUAAAAGGAGAGUUUGGUCCAUGCUGCUUCUGCAAGCUCUUGCUGGGAGACGUGUUAAGCUGUGGAAAACAAAUGUAGUUGUUCCAGCUGCAGCUGAGUCUGUCUCUUUGCAGGAGGGGAGCCCUGAACGUGCUGUAUUAUAGGGAAUAUACCCAAAGCUUUGUCUUUGCUACUAUAACCUUCCAAGCUGCCGUGGCACAAGCACUGUUUGGCACCAAAAUCUUACUCUGAUUUGAUGAGCAAAGCAGGCUGGUAUAAUUGAAUUUAUGGUGAGACUUUUGCUGGUGCUGUUAUUUUAGAAAAAGAAAAAAAAUUCCCCAACAGAGGCUGCUUUGUUAGCAAAAGUUCCAAAUGGAGACUGAUUUGAUAGUAAAUGAAGACUGUAUUUAUAAGUUUGAGACUACUCAUUCAUUCAGCUGUUAAAUGCUUUGUUCAUCACUUUGUUUUAUUUUUUUUCCCUAAAGGUAAUUUAAAAUGUCCACAAUGUGAAAACUAACUAUUCAAAUGGAUAGCCAGUGCACACACGUGCACACCAAAUCGUGGCAGUGGCUGCAGCGAUGUAUAUGCUGAACUGCAGCAGCUCCAAAGGAUGAGGGAUAGAGCUCUUUAAGGCAGGUGUUUUUCUUGUGCUCUGAAUGUGGAUUUGUGGUAAGGACAUAAUUUGUAGCACAUCAAGGCUUAGCCUGGUUUAGUGCAUCAAAUGUAAUACGACUUCUUUUUAAAGAUGGUGGUGGUGAAUAUAGAGGAAGGGAAAAAAAUCUUGUUUCCUGUUGGGGAAAGGACAAACAGUUGUCAGUGGCUCAAGUCUCAUACUUUCAGUACAGAAGAAAAACCUUGUUCUUGUUCUGCUGCUUUCAGCCUCACAAGAGCAACUCCACUCGUUGGGUAGAAUACUUGCAAAAAUAGCCAAUUGAUCUGUCUAGCAAAGAACCGUGGUUUUUUUUAGCCUAACUUCAGUUUUUUUAAUUACCAUUUACAGGAUGCAAGCCAGACCUGUAUCAGUUUUAAACUCCUGAACCAGGAGCUGAAGGUGCAACUCUUUGGCAGUGCUGCAAGUGAGAGAGGGGUCAGACCUGCCCUUGGAUUGUCUGGGGAUUUCAUGAUCCUAAACGAGAAUAGCCCGUACUCUGCAACGCUGGUACUGGUACCUGUGUGGGAGUGGGGUUUGUACAUGUUUCUGAGACGUUUUUAACAAUAUUGGAGCCUCUGAAAAUAUGCUUGUUUAAUGGUUAAACUGUGAAUAUCUGUGGAACAGGCCAAAUACAUUCACUCUUCAUUUUUAUAUAAUUUAAAUCUUUAUUGUGUAGGGCACAGGACUGUAGUGAACAGUGAUGCUGAUGGAAUCCUUGAAACCAUUGCAACUAUUUAAUUAUAUUUUUUUUUUAAUUAGACUAUGCAGUAGAAAACUUGAUGCAUGUAUUGAAUCUGCUGCAACUUGGGAUAAAUAACUAUAGAUAACUAUAGAGAUAGUUUUAGUAAUAUACUGGAAAACUGGUCUGAUGUCUACACUCUGGCAUUUUAUUGCCUUCCCUUAUAUGCAAAGAAAUAUAACUCCUGUAAACUUCAUUCCUGAGUAAUAAAACACUGACCACCUGCCCCAUAUUAUAGUUUGCAACACCUUUAAAAUUUGGCUCCCAGAUCAACUGGAGGUUCAGUUAUGCUAAUUUUUACUUGUGUGGGUGCGUUUCUGAGGUCAAAGACUAAUUUAUUGAUUCAAGUAAGGAUUUGAAAGAUUCCGCCCAGAGACGGCCAUAAAACACGACCGAGGAAAUUAGUUGAAAUUGAAUGCUGAAUUGUGAGUUUACUUGCUGCUGGUGCUAUUCUAUAUGGAUAGUUAUAACUUUUUAAUACCGUGCAAUUGUAAUGAAAGAACCACAGGAAAAAAUAAAUGAAGGUGUGGCAGGUGGUGUAAAAUCAGAUGGCUGAAGCCGGUGGCAGUUUGGUCCGUCCCAGGAGGAGCCCUGGCUUCCCAGGGCUGGUGGGGCAGAUCUGAAUCAGCCUCCGAACCGCCGAGCGCGUUUAAGAGCCUGGAACGAGUUCUCCCUGCUCCGCUGCCCAGGGAGUGACUGGGGCUCGGUGGCAGAGAGACAGAGCCCCUCUUCCUGAGGGCAGGGUGGCUCUCGAGUCGGGGGUUCAGAGCGCUGGGGGUGGCAGCAGCUUUGCCUGUGUGACUUUUGUUUCACUCCUUGCAUGUCCAUCAGAGCCUGAAGAACCCGGGGCUCCCAGGACAGGUACUGGCCUGUCACCUGUGGUUCCCAGACAUGGCUAUGCACUGACCAGUGACUUUAGUAUCUUCAUGACAGUGACAACAUAAGUAUCUUCCUUACAGUUCUAAGCCUUGUUUCCCAAAAAAAGGAACACCAUGUAAUUAAUCGCCACCUCAGUCAUGAUGUAAUUUGUUGGCUGAGGUUACAUCAUUCCCAUUCAUUGGAAAAUAAUAGUCAUUGUGAGUUUCUGGGUCUCACAGCCUUGUGUUCUGCAGUGUGAUCCUUUUUUAGAAGAUCCUCAAUAAAUUGAGCACCCAGUUCUUCCCUCGAGCUCACUCUGCUCAAAAUGUGUGCAUGUGAAUUUAGCCUUUCAUAAUAAAAAGGAAGAUGCUUAUCCUGAAACUUAAAGUUCUUCAGGGUAGUGUUUCAAUAACAUAAAUAUUUUUUUCUAAUAAGUGUUGAAAGCUAAGUGUCUGCUUAAAUUUUGUUAUGUGCAAACAAAACCACCAGUGUUAAACCUUGUCUCUGGACUAUUGAAGAUUGAAUCUUUGGUUUUAUAUUGUCAAUUGAAGUGAAAUACAUGCGAUUGUAGGACAGAAGGCUGUAACUCCUUCAUCAUGAAGUACAUAGGUAUCUCUACCUCUUGUUCUUAGACUUGAAUAGUUUAAGGUUACCAUCCUUUGCUCCCAGGAUUUUAAGCCUGGAUGAGUAAUCUAUUUUUUUUUAAUUGACCCAAGUUAAGUAUUAUCUAUAUUUGCCAUACUUUUUGGUAUACUGCUUUUAAUCUGCAUGCAAUCAACCCUGUGAAAGGGAGCCAAGUCAAGCUGCAAACAGUGUGUCGGUCCUCCUGGGUGCUAGUUUUGGAGUGCAAUAGAGUGACCGACUGGAGCUGCAUCAUGUGUGGCUCAGGGCCUUUUCUCAUCACACAUCCUCUUCCCUGGUCCAGGUCCCUGUACUGACAGUAAAUUGGAAGAUGGAGCAGCAGCUCCCCAGGAGGGAGCCACCAGCCUUUUCAUUUGCCCUUGAAAAACUUUAGGAACCCACCUGAUGCAGUGCCAUGAGCGUAUUUUUCUUUUGAUGAAAAAUACCAUGUUUUGUUCUAUCAGGCUGGACCUGUAACAACCAGCAAAGAUGGGAGCUGCAAAAGUCUAACAGCUACACCCAUCCUUUUCCUCCCUGAGGUCAGAAUCUUGCUCAGGAUAAAACCCUUACGCUUGAGCAAAACUGGAGAGUUCUUGGGUGUUUUGGAGAUGCUGGAGUGGUGUCAGUGCUGGGCUGUGUUCGUUCAUGUGUUCAGGUUGUGUCUCUCUUUCAGGCAGCACACCCGUGUCCCUUGCAAAUCCCAAACAGAUGUUGUGCUGCAGCAACUGUUGCUACAGGAUUCUUCUUCCAGUUCGAGGGUUGCUUUUGGGCUGUGACCUCUUGCACUAUCUGUGUGGGCACGUGUUUGGAGAGCAUGGCGGGGCCUGUGAGGCGAUAGGUAAAGGAGCAUGAAGGUACUAGUCCUGCUAAGAGCUUGCCUUAAAUCACUGAAAUUACAGCAGUUCCUCACUACUGUUGCAAUCCUCAGUCUUUCUGUAGUUAGGUUUUUUAAUCCAACAGGUUCUGGAGGUUAGACAACUUUUUUUUUUUUUUUAUUUUUAAAAAGCUUCUAUCUUUGCGUAAUUGCACUCUUCAGAUAAGCCCUUUCUGGACAACUUGUCAUUUCACACACAGACAGAAGACAACCCAUCCGUCUCUGAUGUUCUUGCUGUAAAAUGUUCUGGUUUUUUUUUUUCCCCUGUAAAUUAUAUUUGGACUAAAGGUUGCCUACUGUUGAAUCGGUGUGUUUACUUGAAUGUUGCCAUUUUAUGCAGUUACAGCUGCUGACUCUUGCUCUUCUCUGGGCCCGUGAGAGGGGAGAUGGUGUGACCAGAGGUGGCAAACCCACAGAGGAUCCCUGGAGCUGUGGGCUGGCUGCUGGUUUUAUACUCCCAUAUGUAUUACAUAUUAGAGGACUUAACAGAAUAGUGCUUAAUAUUUUGAAGUUGUGACUUUAAGUCACGCUAAACAUAGUUAUCUUUAAAAAUACGCUUGCUUUCUUAUCUAGAAGUUUAAAACAGUCUUUAAACAAGGCGAUGGGCUGGCAGGAGUGGUGGGGGGGCCUGGUGCUGUUAGUUGUUGAGUAACUCCAGUUCCAGGAGACGUGGGUGCAGGUGGCAGGAUUAGUCCUGACCCGAUGCUGCCGGGGUCUGCACUGGCUGGUCUGAGGGCGUGAAGCACCUGGAUGUCCUUGAGGGGCUGCGUGGAGGAGAAGGGUCAGCCUGGGAGAGCUGGUUGAUGCAGCUGGAUUUCUUGGAGUUCUCACUUGUGGAUCUUGGCCCCAGUUUAGCCUCCAGUCACCCUUUACGGAAGGAAUGCGUUUUGAUAGUGUUUGCUCCCAGAGAACUAAUUCUAAGGAAAUAGUCAGGCGUGAAUACACCGCGCUGAUCAGUCUCAGCACACCCGCGAGGGUACGUAGGAUCAAAUCUGCCGGUCUUUGUGUUGGGAGUGUUUUUUGCCUUUUCAGACUUACCCAAGAGAUAACCAUGGCUGAUCCCAUUGCCCUGCUCUGGGGAAUGAUGAAUGUAUUGCGUGUUGCGGAGCAGACCCGUGCUUCCCCUUUUAGACAGCAGCAUCAGAAGUGCUGUGUAAAUGUAAUGCUUGAAAACGGCUGGAGUAAAUUCUGUUUCAUGUAGGAUCUUUUUUUAAAGGGACGUGGCCAAACUUGAAGCAAUGACCUAGAGGCAAAGUGGGAGAAGUCCAAGAUGACGCAUCUACUGAGUCCCAUUUGGUUUGUAGUUUUACAGUUACUUUUCUUUAAUUUUGCUCACCGAUGUUGUCUGGAACAGAAUGGAAACAGCAUCUUACAGAAUGUGCAAUCUAAGGCACAAUGCAAAUAGGUUGUGAUAAGAAGGUUGUCUUUACUUGAUAGCAAUCCUGAGUGCAAUGUUUUUGUCGUGUCCCUUUUGGAAGAAGAGCAUUAAGUGCAGUCUGAGGUUUUUCUUUUCUUAUAAGCAAAGCAUUGGUUUGUCCAUUACUGACUUCUUGUGGAAUUUGUGCCAGAUGUAUAUUAAAUAUUUUGGUGCUUUUUCUAAUCCAAGAUGCCAUUCAUUUACCUGUGAGAUUAUUGUACUUCUGUAUAUUUAAAUGACCAAUCCCUUAAAAGAAAAAAAAAUAAUCCUUCAGUCACAAUGUAUCCUGACUACUGUAGCUUUGUAAAUGUUCCAAAGCUUCUGGGUUUCCUGUAUUCCAGUAAGGUCUGAGGGGAGGGAGGGGAGCGGCUACAGAAAUCUAACCCACUGGAGAGGGAACUUGCACGCUGUUCUGUGCAUUACUGAACAAAUGAAUAACAUUUGUGGUGUUUACAUGACACGUUGGUGUUCACUUUUUUUGUGCUCAAGCUUUGUACAAAAUGUCUUAUUUAAAGCUGAAGUCCUUUUUAAAUUUUCGAUUAAAAGGGGACAAAUUAA